AUGGAGGUCAGGUACAACCAAGAGACGGAAGGGAUGGUGUUGAAGAAUGGACUAAAGGAGGGGAAAGAUGGCAAGGACUCCCAAGGAAGCUUGUCCAAAAGCUUCCUCAAGGAGCAGCAGGACUCCUUUUCCCCCUCUGGGACCGUGGACAACUGUGAGAAGAACAGGGGGAGCACGGGGGACCCGGACUACUGUCGGAGAAUACUAGUUCGAGAUGCUAAAGGCUCGAUUCGGGAGAUUAUCCUGCCGAAGGGUUUGGAUUUGGACCGGCCCAAGCGAACCCGCACCUCCUUCACCGCAGAGCAGCUCUACCGGUUAGAGAUGGAGUUUCAGAGGUGCCAGUAUGUUGUUGGGAGGGAGCGAACAGAACUGGCCCGCCAGCUCAAUCUGUCUGAAACUCAGGUAAAAGUUUGGUUCCAGAACCGGCGCACUAAGCAGAAGAAGGACCAGGGGAAGGAUUCUGAGCUGCGUUCAGUGGUUUCAGAAACAGCAGCGACCUGCAGCGUGCUCAGACUGCUGGAGCAGGGCCGGCUGCUGACUCCCUCCGGCCUGCCGGGCCUCCUGCCCCACUGCGGCGGUGGUGCGUUGGGCUCGGCCCUACGCCCUCCCUCCAUGGCCAUGGCCAGCAACGGCAGCAGUAGCAGCAGCAGCAGCAGCAGCAGCGGCGGAGGCAGCAACGGCACGGCGGGCGGCAGCCCUCCUCUACCCGCCGUCACCAGCUCAGGGACAGUGGCGGGCCUGCAGAGCUCACCUGCUGCUCACGGCCUCUUCAGCUUCCCCAUGCCCUCCUUACUCAGCGGCGUCGCCACCCGCAUGUCCUCCAACCCCCUGUCCAUGGCCGGCUCCCUGGCCGGAAACCUGCAGGAACUUUCCGCCCGCUACCUGAGCUCCUCUGCUUUUGAGCCUUACUCGCGGACCAAUGGCAAAGAAUCCAUGGACAAGAAAAUCCUGGAAUGA